GACGCCCGAGCGAAGGGGGCGUGGCUACGUCAGCGUCUGCUCUGCCUGAGCUGAGGAUCGGUGGUCCAAGCGGUCGUAUGGUGUUCCCCGCCAAGAGGCUGUGCGUGGUGCCGUCCAUGGAGGGCGUUCGCUGGGCCUUCUCCUGCGGCACCUGGCUGCCAAGUCGAGCCGAAUGGCUUCUGGCGGUGCGGUCUAUCCAGCCCGAGGAGAAGGAGCGCAUCGGCCAGUUCGUGUUUGCCCGCGACGCCAAGGCGGCCCUGGCUGGUCGUCUGAUGAUAAGGAAAUUAGUUGCAGAGAAAUUGAAUAUCCCUUGGGAUAAUAUCCGUCUUCAGAGAACUGCAAAGGGAAAGCCGGUUCUUGCGAAAGACUUGUUGAAUCCCUAUCCCAAUUUCAACUUUAACAUCUCUCAUCAAGGGGACUAUGCAGUCCUUGCUGCAGAACCUGAGCUACAAGUUGGCAUUGAUAUCAUGAAGACUAGUUUUCCAGGUCGCGGUUCAAUUCCAGAAUUCUUUCAUAUUAUGAAAAGAAAGUUUACCAAAAAGGAGUGGGAAACAAUCAGAAGUUUUAGUGAUGAAUGGACUCAACUGGAUAUGUUUUACAGGCAUUGGGCACUGAAGGAAAGCUUCAUAAAAGCCAUUGGUGUUGGAUUGGGAUUUGAAAUGCAGCGGCUUGAAUUUGAAGUAUCGCCAUUAAACAUGGACAUUGGCCAGGUUUAUAAGGAAACACGUUUGAUUUUGGAUGGGGAAGAAGAAAAGGAAUGGGCCUUUGAGGAAACCAAAAUAGAUGAACACCAUUUUAUUGCAGUGGCUAUUAGGAAGCCUGAUGGAUCUAGACAUCACAAUGUUUCAUAUCAAGAUGAUUCUAAGGUAUCCCAGAGGAAGUUUACCAUUCUUAACUUUAAUGACUUGAUAUCAUCUGCUAUUCCUAUGACACCUGAGGAUCCUUCAUUUUGGGACUGUUUUUGCUUCACAGAAGAAAUUCUAAUACGAAAUGGUACCAAGUCAUAGGAAUUUCUUAGUAAGGAAAAUAAAUGAAAGGGUAAUCUUGUAUAUUCACUGAAAUAAAUCACCUGAUGUGAUCAAAUCUUAUUUAACAAAACAUUUUUAAAGACACAAAUGCUUUUUAAGAGCACAUUUCCAGUUCAGUGACUCCGUUGGCUCCAUUGAGUAUGUUUACUUCUUCCUUCCAGAAUUGUAAUAAAUAGAAACAAUGACAGAAUCUUCCAAGGAUAAAUGUGCAUUUUAGAAAGAAAAAAUAAAGUGCAAACAAGCUGAAGGAAAGCA